AUGAUUUUUUGUGCUGCCAGAAAAAGGAGAUCAAUGAGGACUCUAAUGACUCCAACCCUCCAACGUAUAUAGCCAAAUCCAUUGUCCGUGCUAAUUCUUCAAGAGACCCGGAAUUACUAGCAGAUGAAUUGAGACAUUUUCUGAUGGAGGGUUUUACAGAUCCACUACCGAACACAAGUAUUACUGCACAGAAUGUGACUACGGAUCUUUUAGAACUCUGUAAGAAUGAGUCCACAAGCUAUGAUGACUUUCUAUACCAAUGGCCUGAUACAAACCCAGCAGAAACAGCCACCCUACAGUGUCAUACAAACCCAAAUGACAUGACAAGCAGAGAAUGCUAUAUCAAUGCUACCACUUUAGAAACAGAAUGGGGAGAUCCGAACUAUAGCAAAUGCGUUCCUAAUUCAUUUGAGGAUCUUGAAAAUGUCAUUGUGACACCAGAAAAUGCAAAUAAUUUGGCAAUGCAAAUUUUAAAUAUGACAAAGAAGGCGGAUUCCUUAUUGGGAAAUGAUAUAAGAAUCAUUCUGAACAAAGUUUCAGAAAUAAUUGCAUUGGGAGAAAUCGAUCUUAAAACUGCCAAAGUUAACAUGGAUGUAAUAAACUUAGUUUUAUUAAGAGCUGACACGUCUCUGCGCCUAUUUACUAACAAGAUUCUUAACCUUAUGGAGGAAGUUGGAUUUAAAAUGACCUUUCCUAGUGACACAGCAAAUGUGACGACCGAUUCCAUGGCUCUACUAGUGUCAAAGAAAUUUGAAGAAACGUACUUCACUGUCUCCUCAUAUAUGCAAGGGAUUGUGGAGAUAUCAUUAGAACAGUUUCCUCCUGACAAGGCUGUAGCCUUCAUACAUUUACCCAACUCAAUCCAAGACCAAGCAGAAAUAUCAUCAUCCAAGGUCCAGUUUAACUUCAUUGGGAACAUGUCACUAUUCCAGGAUGAAUCCACACAUAUUCAACUGAACUCAUACGUCAUAAGUGCCAGUUUUGAAAGGAAUAUUGUUGAGAAUCUGAUGGAGCCAAUAAACAUAACUUUGCGACACUUGGCAGAAAAUGUGGCUAAUUUGCCGGUGAAGUGUGCAUUUUGGAACUUUACAGAAAACAAUAACAUGGGUGGUUGGGACACAUCAGGUUGUUCAGUGAACAACACAGAAAAGGAAUAUACAUCGUGUUCUUGUAACCAUCUUACUCACUUUGGAGUUCUCCUUGAUAUUUCUAAGACGCCAAUCAACCCUCUAGAUGAGCACAUACUAAGCCUCUUGACUUAUGUGGGAUGUGGCAUUGCUGCUGUGUUUCUUGGGGCAGCCCUUGUAACAUAUGGGACGUUCAGACAGCUGAGAAGAGAUUACCCUUCAAAAAUCCUGAUGAACCUUUCUUUUUCGCUGUUGAUGCUUAAUUUGCUCUUUUUGAUCAACAACUGGUUGUCAUCGUUCAGAAGUCAAGGCUUGUGCGUCUCUACUGGAGCCCUCCUCCAUUACUUCUUGUUAACAUCCUUCACAUGGAUGGGCCUGGAAGCUGUACACAUGUAUUUUGCAUUUGUCAAAGUUUUUAACUCCUACAUCCAUAAAUACAUAUUGAAAUUAUGUAUUGCUGGCUGGGGAAUCCCUCUAGUCGUAGUUGUCGCAGUACUCUCUGUUAAUGUUAAUUUUUAUGGAAACAUACUUGAUUCUGAGAAGUAUGAAGCCUCUGGAGACAACUCUGUUUUAUUUUGUUGGAUACAGAACGAUAUAGUAUUCUAUGUGACAGUUGUAUCCUACUUCGGAGUGAUCUUUCUUACCAACAUUUCCAUGUUCAUUGUUGUUCUUCUUCAAAUCAAGUCAUUGAAGACUACAAAGAUUAAGGACUGGAAAACGCUCUUCAUGCACGACGUUAAAAGCACCCUCAGUCUGGCCUUCUUACUCGGAUUAACCUGGGGUUUUGUCUUCUUUGCCUGGGGUCCUGUACGAGUCGCCUUUUUAUAUCUAUUUGCCAUUUUUAAUACAUUACAAGGAUUUUUUAUUUUUGUGUUCCACUGUCUAAUCAAGGAGAAUGUAAGAAAACAUUGGAAGAUGUAUCUAUGCUGUGGGAGAUGUCGACUUGACAAUUAUUCUGACUGGAGCAGACUGAGCAAUGUGGAUGCAAAAUAUAACUGCGGCGUACACUUAUCACCAUCUGAUUCUUACCAGUCAACGAGGUCUAACAACACUGCUUCUACUUCUAAUGCAUCCAGUCUAUCCAGCUUAUCUAGAGAUGCAUUGUACGGGAGGAGCUUUGUAAAUGGAGGAGGAAUAUUUAUCAGCUCAGCUCACACGGCACCUUCCUAUCACGCAACUGUCUACCCCAAUAACAAGAGAUUGUUCAUGGAUUUAGACCCUCAAUGAAACGGACUGAAAGAAGAUGGACUUUUACUGCUGCUUCAAGGCGGUCUUUUGAUUUGAAUGUUAUAGAAGAAAUAAAAUGUAUAAUUUGUGAAUAU